CCUGUACUAUACUCGAGAACUGCCAAAUCAAGCCGCCACCUUCUUCCUCCACUUUCUCUCUCUACUGUGUUAGGAGAGAGAGAGAGAGAGAGAAACUGAGAUUUCUGAGCUUGCGAAAGCUUCUUGAGCAAGUACCAUGUCAGCGAAAUGGCGAGCUAUACAGCAUCGUCACCGUUUCACGUACAACGCCGUCGUUUUCCCGGACUCGUAUAUCGAGUCCCUGAGCCUAUUGCCAUCGAAUAUUUCCUCUGCAAAAUUCUUUUCCGAAUUGAAAGUAUUUAUCUCUCUCAACUCUGUACAUACCCAAGUUAACCACGCGAAAAGUCUUGCUUCGGCUUUUGGGGAGCUAUUGGUUGAUGGGAACGAAGCUCUAGUUUCUGAGGCGGCCAGGUUUUUCUUGUGGAUUUUGUUUUUGGAUAAUUCUAUGCCUUUGCAUCGAACCCUAGUGUCCGGUUUGGCAAAGGCCCGUAAUUCUCAGCCUGUGAUCAGCGCGCGCUUUCGCACUCUCUGCGACGAGCAUGGCGGCGGUAAAGGGAAGAGGUUUUGUGUGUCGAGGACGGCGUUGUCCAUAAUGGGUAUGCCUAAAUUGGGUUACUUGGUUGAUAUUGUUGAAGAAUGCGCGGUUUUGAUUGCUUGGGAUGCAGUUAACAGCUUAAAUGGUCUCGUUUUGGAGACCAAUGACUUUGCUCGGCCUUCUCCAAUAGUCAUGGAACAGUGCCAAGAGGCUUUGUCUUGUUUGUAUUACUUGCUUCAGCGUUUCCCUUCUAAGUUCAAGGAUUGUAAUGCUGACUGUAAUGGUUUUCCUGCUAAUGACUCAAAUGUCUUGACAAUGAGUUUGACUGUCGUUUUAAGCAUUUUGAAGUCUACGGCGUAUUCCAGGGAUUGUUUUGUGGCUGCAGGGGUGAGCUUUUGUGCGGCUCUGCAAGUUUGUCUCAGUCAUGAAGAUCUUGGCUUGGUCAUAAUGGAAGGUAUAUUUUGUCGUAAUCUGUUUAGUUUGGAUACCAAUUACGAGAUUAAGUUCAGUAAUGCACUUGCCAAUGUUCCUUAUAAUGGGGAUCUCUGUUCUGAAAUACGUAGUUUUUCCGCUUUGAGUAGACUUUGCUUGAUAAGAGGGGUACUUACGGCAGUUCCAAGAACAGUGCUUAACACCCAUUUUCAUUUUCCAAGUAAUGCUUUGAAAGGCGUUGAGGUUCAUAUGAAUGGUGGAAACAAUGUUAGGACUAUAUUAUAUGAUGGAAUUUUGCCUGAGCUAUGUAACUAUUGUGAGAAUCCUAUUGAUAGCCAUUUUAACUUUCAUGCAUUGACUGUGAUGCAGAUCUGUUUGCAACAGAUUAAAACUUCCAUGUUAGCUAAUCUUACCAGCCAAUCCGGACUUUAUGAUCCCAUUCCAGAAGAUAUGGGGACCCGUGUACUGAGAAUUAUAUGGAAUAAUUUAGAGGAUCCUUUAAGUCAAACUGUCAGGCAAGUUCAUCUCAUUUUUGAUCUCUUCCUGGAUAUUUACUCAUCUCUUCAUUGGUCAGAAGGUAGUGAAAGAAUAAAGUCGUUCUUGCUAAAGAUUGCUUCCGAUCUUCUUCACCUUGGACCUCGUUGUAAGGGGAGAUAUGUUCCUUUAGCUUCAUUGACUAAGAGGCUGGGGGCAAACACCCUGCUGGAUAUGAAUCCUCGCUUGCUUUUUGAAACUAUACAUGCGUAUAUUGAUGAUGAUGUCUGCUGUGCCUCGACUUCAUUUUUGAGGUGUUUCCUAGAGUGCUUGCGUGAUGAGUGUUGGAACAGUGAGGGUGUUGAAAAUGGUUAUGCUCUUUAUAGAGGGCAUUGUUUGCCCCCUUUACUAUAUGGGCUUGCUUCUGGAGUAUCAAAGCUCCGCUCAAAUUUGAAUACUUAUGUAUUGCCUGUUUUACUUGAAAUUGAUGUAGACAGUAUUUUUUCAAUGCUUGCUUUUAUAUCUGUUGGGCCAAGUGGGGAUGACAAGUUGUUGUAUCCUGAGCUUAGUAGUGCAAAAAUGGAACUCCGAGUUGAACAACAAGUGGCCAUUUUAGUUUCACUACUUAAGGUGUCUCGUUUACUUGCUUUAAUGGAAGGGGAUAUUGACUGGUGCAAAUACUCUAAAGUAUCUGAGAUUGGACUAGAUACAGAAUUCGUUGGUCAAUAUGCUCUUGUUUGCAUGAAGGGAAUAAAUGUAGAAAUCCGUGUUGAAUGGCUGGUGAUGGCAUUGACCCAUGUUGAUGAAUCCCUCCGUGUUGAUGCUGCAGAGUUCCUUUUCUUAAAUCCCAAGACAUCUAGCCUCCCUUCCCAUUUGGAACUCACCUUAUUGAAGGAAGCAGUGCCAUUGAACAUGAGAUCCUGCUCAACCUCUUUCCAAAUGAAGUGGUCAAGCUUGUUUAGGAAGUUCUUUUCUCGGGUUCGAACAGCUCUAGAGAGACAAUAUAAGCAGCGUAAUUGGAAACCAUUUGAUCAAAAUAGUGAAAUACUCACUAAUGGAAGUGAGGAGGUUGAAACAAAUAGAGCGAAUAAUCUGUUUCACUUUAUGAGAUGGUUAAGUUGCUUCCUAUUUUUCUCUUGUUAUCCUUCCGCUCCCUACAAGAGAAAAAUAAUGGCUAUGGAUCUGAUCUUGAUAAUGCUUAAUGUUUGGUCUAUCUUGUCAUCUGUUAAAGAAACAUGUGGUUCGUUUUCUAUAGAGAGGUGCCUUUCUCCUUUCAAUGAAGGAAUUACCUUACCAGAUUCAACUUUGUUAUUAGUUGGAUCAGUUAUUGACAGUUGGGACAGGCUGAGAGAGAGUUCUUUUCGUAUAUUAUUGCAUUUCCCUACCCCAUUGCCUGGCAUUUCAGAUGAAAACAUGGUCCAGAACAUGAUUAUAUGGGCUAAAAAAUUAGUCUGCAGCCCACGUGUGAGAGAAAGUGAUGCUGGAGCUCUGACUUUAAGGCUUAUAUUCAGGAAGUAUGUCUUGGACCUAGGUUGGAUACUAAACGCUUCAGCUAAUGUUGUUUGUUCGAAACCUGAACUGGAAAAUAAGGAUGGACUGGUUCUCAACUCUACAUAUCCUGUGAUAGAUUAUAUAAAAUCGCUAAUUGAUUGGUUGGAUGAUGCUGUAAAGGAAGGGGAGAGGGAUCUGUCUGAUGCAUGCAAAAAUAGCUUUGUUCAUGGUAUAUUACUUGGGUUACGAUACACUUUUGAGGAAUUGGACUUUACCUCUGAUGCAGUGUUGUCAAGUAUCUCAGGAAUGAGACAGUUGUUGGCUAGGCUCUUGGAGCUUGUGUUGCGGAUAACUUCACUCGCACUAAGUGUGGUUUCUGCAGAUGCUUGGCAUCUGCCUGAGGAUAUGGAUGAGAUGGUUGAUGAGGGUACUUUCUUGCUGGAUGUUUCAGAGGAAAUUGACUUGCAGACACCUUCACUCAAAGACGAAGAGAAGAGUUCAAAACUGGUUCAAUAUAGCGGGUCGUCAGGACAGGCUGUAAUGGUUGGUUGCUGGCUUGCUAUGAAAGAGGUGAGCCUUCUCCUUGGGACCGUCACAAGAAAGAUUCCUUUACCAGUUAACGCAGAAUCAUUAGACCCAGAAGGUAUCUCUUCCAAUGAUGAUGGUUUUUCAGUUAUGACAUCGAGUAUGAUGCUCGAGGUUAAACAACUUGAGACAAUUGGAAAUCAUUUUUUGGAGGUCCUUUUGAAAAUGAAGCAUAAUGGUGCAAUUGACAAGACAAGAGCUGGAUUUACAGCUCUUUGUAAUCGUCUACUUUGUUCAAAUGAUCCUCGGCUCUGUCAGUUGACAGAAUCCUGGAUGGAGCAACUAAUGGAAAGAACGGUUGCCAAGGGUCAAACAGUGGAUGAUUUAUUAAGGAGAAGUGCAGGUAUUCCUGCUGCAUUUAUUGCUUUAUUUCUCUCUGAGCCAGAAGGUGCACCCAAGAAACUUCUUCCACGGGCUUUACGAUGGUUAAUUGAUGUUGCUAAUCAGUCUUUGCUGGAUCGAAUUGAAACCAACAACUCAAAUGGUGACUUGUCAACAAAAUCAAACCAAGAUCUUGAGUCUAAAAGGUCACCUGAGAUGACUGUUAAUAACAUGGCCUCUAAGAUCCGUGAUGAGGGUGUCAUUCCUACUGUACACAUAUUUAAUGUCCUUAGAGCUACUUUCAAUGACACCAACUUGGCUACAGAUACAUCAGGUUUUGCUGCUGAGGCUUUGAUUCUUUCAGUUCGCUCAUUCUCUUCCCCAUAUUGGGAAGUGCGAAACAGUGCUUGUCUUGCAUACACUGCUUUGGUACGUCGGAUGGUUGGAUUCCUCAAUGUUCAAAAGCGAGAUUCAAUACGACGUGCACUAAGUGGGCUUGAGUUUCUCCACAGGUAUGCCUCAUUGCAUCCAUUUUUUCUGAAUGAACUGAAAGUGGCAACCGAGAUGCUUGGAAACGGAUUGUCUGAAGAUUCAAAAUCGAACCUUGCAAAUGUUGUUCACCCUAGCCUGUGCCCUAUGCUUAUUCUUUUAUCCAGGCUGAAGCCCUCAACAAUUGCAGGUGAAAUUGGAGAUGAGCUGGAUCCUUUUUUGCUCAUGCCAUUCAUUAGGAGGUGUUCAACUCAAAGCAAUCUUCGUGUCCGUCUUCUUGCAUCCAGAGCUUUGACUGGUCUGGUAUCCAAUGAGAAAUUGCCAACUGUGCUCCUUAACAUAGCCUCUGAGUUGCCUUGUGUUGAUAACCAAGUAGCAACAGCUCUAGAGUUGUCCAUUUCAUUAGAGAAAUCUGAAAGACAUCAUCAUGUUUCAUUCAACUGGAUUCAUGGAACACUGUUGCAGCUCUGUUCUCUCCUUGAUAUAAAUUGUCGAAAUCUAGCUGAUUUCUCAAAGAAAGAUCAUAUUCUAGAUGAUUUGAUUCAAAUUCUUUUCAUGCGUUCAUGGAUUGCAUCCCCUAGAUUGUGUCCUUGCCCAGUCCUCAAUACCUCUUUUCUGAAGGUGCUUGACCACAUGCUAAGUAUUGCUAGAACGUGCAAUAUAAGCAGAAGCUUUCAUGCUAUUCGAAGGCUACUUUUGGAGUUAUCCUCAGAAUGCUUAGAUGUAGAGGCUUCAUAUGGUCUAUCAUACUACGAUCCAACUACAGCAGAACUUCGUCAGCAAGCAGCAUUGUCAUACUUCAGUUGUGUAUUUCAAGCAUCUGAGGAAAUGACUGAAGACAUUUCACCAGUGCCACAGCAACCUUCUCCACUUGUUACAAACUUGUUGAAGAUAUCUGAAAUGGAGAAUACUUUUUCAGGGCUCCAGGAAAGGCUGGUCCGUAGUCUGUCAGAUUCAGCAUAUGAAGUUAGACUUGCCACAUUGAAAUGGCUAUUUAAGUUUCUAAAAUCAACAGAAUCUGGUGCAGAAUGCCUUGAUCGGUUUAGUAGUGAAAUUAGGAUUAUUUGGCGCUGGAGCAGUACUAAUCUCCAGACAACACUACUUAAGCUCUUAGACUUGGAGAAGAAUCAAAGAUGCUCAUAUUAUAUUCUAAGGACUCUUUUCACCUGGAACUCUCUGCAGUUUCGGAAAGUGGAGGACAAAAGGCCCACCGAAGCAAUUUAUAUUGGUGCGAUGAAUUGUGAUUCUGUGUUUCUGCUUUGGGAUAAGUUCAUUUCAUUAUACAAGGUGGCAAGGAAUGCCAAAACCCGCGAAACGCUCAUUUGCUGCGUUGGUGUUUGUGUCAAGAGGUUAUCUUCAUUAUUUUCUUCCUCCAUUCUUAUUGAUGUAGAAGAGAGGAAAUUAACUGGCGUUGUUGAAUCCGAACAAAUUGAAAAGUUGACCCAAGUAUAUGAUAGAAUUGCCUAUUACACAAACUUAAUUAAAGUGCACAGUGUUUCAUCUGAGACAUUCAGCAUGCGUAAGGCAGCAGCAGAAUCUAUUAUAGCCUCUGGUUUGCUAGAGCAAGCUAGGCUUGUUGGUUCUUUUGUAUCUGACAGCCGAUUUCCGCCUGAUAAUUCGUCCUCUUGCUUUCAACCAGAUGAAGCUGUUAACAUGUAUGCUCGUCAAAUACUAGAUCUAUGGUUCAUAUGUGUCAAGCUUCUGGAGGACGAGGAUGAUGAUAUUAGAUUAAGGCUUGCUAAGGAUGUUCAGGGAUGCUUUGCAUGUAAAAGAUCUGUAAGAAGCUCUCCUUCUGGAGUAGUUCCAACCCAAGUGGACAAAGUGAUAGAAUUGAGCUUUGAGCAUCUCUCUUUGAUCUUUGGUCAUUGGAUUGAGUACUUUGAUUAUCUUUUACGAUCCAUACUGAAUGCUGCAGAAAGCUACCAAGUUUCUAAUGGGGAUCUUGUUAGACAGGUUUUUGAUAAGGAAAUCGAUAAUCAUCAUGAAGAGAAGCUUUUGAUCGGUCAGAUUUGUUGCUCCCAUUUAGAGAAGCUACCAUUAUCCAAAUCUUGGGCAGUUAACUUAUUGGACAAGCCACGGUUUAGAAAAUAUCUACGUGACUGGAGACUCAGAUUUUCCAAUCAGUUGACGACAUUUGCGAAAGACCACAACGCAAAAUAUGGUGGAUCUAAUUGGCUUGGUGGUGUUGGCAACCACAAGGAUGCAUUUCUUCCACUCUACGUAAAUUUACUAGGCUUCUAUGUCCUUUCAAACUGCAUUUUCAAUGAGAGAGUUGAGGAUGGUACAGGUCUACUGUCUGAUGUUACUGAACUCGGAAAAACGCUUAAUCCUUAUCUUAGGAACCCUUUGAUUUGUAAUCUCUAUUUGUUAGUAGUUAAAUCACACGAGAAACAAAUUGGAGCAACCAUUGAAGACCUUGUCCCUGGAUUUAGAGAAGACAAUGCAGUAUGGGAUGGUUUUGAUCCCUAUUUUCUUCUCAGGUAAGGGUCCAACAAUAAGACUUGCUAUUCAAGUUAUUUAUAGAGGUUCUCUUGAACCCCAAUUUUUUUUGCCACAAAGCCCCAUGUACUAAAUGAUUCGGUUGAUCAUAACGUGUAUAUGAUAUAUACACUUUUCAGAUUUACUACUAUUAAAUGCACUAGAAGUUCUGCGCUACAAGGGCUUGUCAAAAUGUAGUAGGUAACAUAACAAUGUUUGGAAUAAUAGAUGCGACAGGGUGGAGAAUGAAUAAUUUUUUU